CCACAAGCAGUUGGUAAAAAACCCUACUCUCUCUCUCUAAAACCCUUGGCUUCGUUAAUCUUUGCGAGCUGGGAAGGAAAAUCCUAGCAGAGCCUGUGGGAGCAGCCAUGGUGAAGUAUUCCAGAGAGCCAGACAACCAUACCAAGUCCUGCAAAGCAAAGGGCAAUGAUCUCCGAGUGCAUUUUAAGAACACAAGAGAGACUGCCCAUGCUAUUCGCAAGCUGCCUUUGAUCAAGGCUAAAAGGUAUUUGGAGGAUGUUUUGGUCCACAAGCAAGCCAUUCCAUUCCGUCGCUUUUGUCGCGGAGUAGGGCGAACUGGUCAGGCUAAGAAUCGCCAUUCAAAUGGACAGGGACGGUGGCCUGUUAAAUCUGCAAAGUUUAUUCUCGACUUACUUAAGAAUGCUGAGAGUAAUGCAGAGGUGAAAGGUUUGGAUGUGGAUUCGCUUUAUGUAUCUCAUAUCCAGGUAAACCAAGCCCAGAAUCAAAGACGCCGCACAUACCGUGCUCACGGGAGAAUUAAUCCUUACAUGUCAUCUCCAUGCCAUAUUGAGUUGAUUUUGUCAGAAAAGGAGGAGCCUGUCAAGAAAGAGCCUGAGACUCAGCUGGCGAGUAGGAAAGCAGAGAAGGGUCGAACUCUACGCAGUGGUGCUGCUUCUUAAACAAUGAUGACCUACUUUAAGAUGUUAUGAGUUGGGGUUUUUUUCUCUUUGUUGUCAUCAGUAGCAAGAGAACCUUGUGGUUCUGUUAAACCUCAUGUUGGAAAUGUUAUGGUACUUGUAUUGUUUCUUGGAUCUUAUAUGAAAAUGUGAAACUUGUUUAGACUCCUUCAA